UAAACAUUUUUCAUAAAAUGGAAGGUGCCAAAUAAAAUUAGUUCAUUUGUACUCCCCUCUACUUUCAGAGAAUUUCCCGGAAGUCUUGUUUUUCCGAGAUCCGGCCGGAAGUCCACUUCCCGAACUCGGUGCGGGCUCACUUCCUCCUCAACGACGGGUUCGAGGAAGAAGAAGGGGGAGAUGAGCAAAGGGCGCCGACCGGAGCCCUUGGAUUUCUUUAUUUGGACAGUGCAAGAUGUUGGGAUGUGGCUUGAGGAGAUAAAUCUUGGGAGCUAUCAACAGGCGUUUGAAGAGAAUGGGGUCAAUGGGGAGUACUUGGAGAGCUUGUCCAUGUUCACAACAGAACAGAUUCUGCGGUUUAUCAGACGAUGCCACAUGAAAUGGGGGGAUUUUAUUACAUUAUGCAAAGAGCUAAGGCGCAUCAAAGUGGCGUGCCUGAAAGGGGAGCAAGAAGUUCGUAGGCCAUGGUGGGCUCCAUCAUGUCUAUCGGCAGUGUUUGUGAAGGUAGCCAAGCGCAACAGGCAGUCUCGAGUCGUCUCCUUGAAGCUCGAAGCAUGAUUCACCAGCAGAUCAAAUCAUUCUCCUUCAUCACCUUUGCAGCUAAGGGCUAUUUCGCGUGUCUAAAGAUUAGCUCUGUAUUCCCUUGUGUACUUAGCUUUGUAAUAUGUAUUUGUUUAUUUAUUCUCGACAUUUAGGUUUUCAGUGUGACCAAGACUCAAAAUAACAUCUUUUUUAUGUAAAGAUGGUUACAAGACACAUAACCAUGAUAUUUUCUUAUGCUGUUUGGAAAACCAAUAAUGCAAUGUGCUUACAGUUUCUUUAAA